GUUCCCAGCGUCAACUGCUGCCGGAGUUCUGCGCUCGGGUGAGGAGCUAGUGGCGUCGGCAGGUUCGAGGCGAUUCGAGCUCCAGCUAGGAUGAUCGAGGUUGUUUGCAACGACCGGCUGGGGAAGAAGGUCCGCGUUAAAUGCAAGUAUCCACUGGCAGCCGAGAGGCAGUGGUACCCGCAGGGGUGCUUGGCGUGAGGCAGGCAACUCAAUCUGUUGUCGGAUGGUUUUAGUUAAACCCGGGAGAGGGGGCGGAUGGGGUCCUGGCAGAUGGUAUUCAGCCCUGGAAUGUCCUCUUCCUCGUUCUACCGCUCCCAUUUGCCUUAACUCCUCUGCGCCCAGCACGGAUGAUACUAUCGGGGACCUUAAGAAGCUGAUUGCAGCCCAAACUGGCACCCGUUGGAACAAGAUUGUCCUGAAGAAGUGGUACACGAUUUUUAAGGACCACGUGUCUCUGGGGGACUAUGAAAUCCACGAUGGGAUGAACCUGGAGCUUUAUUACCAAUAGAUGAGAAUCCUCAUCUUCCUGCUGCCCCGCUCUCCUUUCCCAUCCUCAUCCCCCACACUGGGAUAGAUGCUUGUUUGUAAAAACUCACCUUAAUAAAGACUUAGAUGUUGC